AAUUCGCUUUGGUAAAGGUUGACGUUAAUCACAUUGUUGGUCGCGAAUUCGAGAAAAAGAGGUAAAAAAAAACUUAACUCGAUACGUAAACCGCGUACCGCAUCGAAAUGUUCAUCAGUGUACUCGUUACGUUUGCAAGCACAACAGUUAAAAUUUAUUUGGAAUUCAGCGAAAACGAACUUUUUGAGAAAAUGAAAGGAAUCAUUGCUAUUUUUUUGGUGAUAAGCGCAUCGCUUUCGUCAGCUGACGUUUCUCAUUUAACAUACAACGAUGAAACAACUGGCACACCAGCCCCACCACCUCAUCCAUAUGCCUUCAGCUACCAAGCUGGUCGCUUCAACGGACAUGUAGAUCGUACACACAGCGAAGUGUCAGAUGGCAGUGGAGUCGUUCAUGGAGCCUUCUCUUACAUUGAUCCCAGACAAGAAAUUCGUUCCGUCGAAUAUACUGCCGACAAAGAUGGUUUCCAUCCAGUAUUGAGCCAUCCAAAUGAAGUACCCCAACAAUCUGAAGCUGUCAAACUGGCCACUCUCAGACAUUUCGAACAAUACAAUAGAAUUGCAGAACAAAAUGCCAAUGGCAAUAUAAUUGUGCCAUCGGAUUCGGCGGCCGUUGCCAGAGCCAAACAAAGACAUCAAACACUUUUCGAACAAAUUGCACUUGAACAUCAACGGCUCGGCGCAGAAUUAGAAGCCAAACGGGCUCUUUUUGAAUCGACCUCCGAAAAGGAAUUUGAAGCUGAAGCGCAAUAUUCGAUAUGAUCAUUGACUUUCGCAUUCCGUAUAUUCAAUAAGAUGCCAUUCCAAAAUUGUACAUUGUAAUAUGAACAGGGUUUUUCAUAGAUACGAAAUUUGUAUCUAGA